AUGAAGAAAUUUAAAUCAUGCAGAAGGCAUUUUAAUUUAUUUUUCAACUCGGCCGCUGAACUGAAUAAUAACCAUCAUUACACUCCCUCCAUUUUCAUUACAUCCACAACAACAACAACAACCCAUCUUGAUUAUUUAUUGAAAAAACAGCAACAACAACAACCAUUUCAUACAAUCAAUAACAAACCAUGUGCUCGAGCCUCAUCAUCCACUUCUAAAAAACUUUCUCCGGAACAUUAUUUAAAACCGGAAUCACCCUACUUUACUCCGGAUCGAAUCAUGGAAGGACAAUAUCCAGUCAUGAAUGCAUUUAAAAGUGUAGAUACCACUAAAAUUCAAGUUCCACCGUAUUAUGAAACGAUGAAAGGAGAAUAUUCGAUGGAUUUGGAAAUUCAUUGUAAGGAAGAGGAUUUACAGAAAAUUAGACGAGUGAACCAAUUGGCUGCUGAAGUAUUGAGAUUUGCUGGAUCGUUGGUGAAAGAAGGAGUAACAACGGAGGAAAUUGAUGAAAAAGUUUUUGAAUAUAUUACUUCACGAGGAGCUUAUCCAUCACCACUUCGAUAUAACAAUUUUCCAAAAUCUCUUUGCACAUCUAUCAAUGAAGUUCUAGUUCAUGGAAUCCCAGAUACAAGGCCUCUGAAAUAUUCUGACAUUAUCAAUUUGGAUAUUACUGUUUAUUUGGAUGGUUUUCAUGGUGACACGAAUAGCACCUAUAUUGUUGGAGCCGAUGAAGAAACACCCGAAAGGCCAAUUAAGGAAGAAUAUAAAACUCUUGUGAAAGUAACAAAACAAGCGUUGUGGGAGGCUAUUAAAGUGUGUGGACCUGGAGAACCCAUGUACAGGAUUGGAAAUGCCAUUGAUAAUUUUCUCGAAAAAUACAAUCAAGCUCAUGGAACAUCAUUCAAAUCAAGUCCUGACUAUGUUGGACACGGCAUUGGUCGCUCUUUUCAUGGGCUUCCUCAAGUAAUCAUGGUUAAAAACAAGUAUGGCAAAGAAUUUAUUGGAACCGAUAUCAUGCAUCCAGGAAUGAUUUUCACCAUCGAACCGGUCAUUUGUUCUGGUUCAACGAAAAGUAAAACAUGGAAGAGUGACGGAUGGACAGUGGUUGCUCGGGAUGGAUGUGUGAGUGCACAGUUUGAACACACCUUACGAAUUAAAGAAGAAUCCGAGUUGAGAGAUUUUCGAGAAUUGGGAUGUGAAGUUUUGACUUUGGACGAUCAUAAUUUGGAGGAUGUGGAAUUGGUGAAGAGUUUCCAAAAAGAUUUGUAUUGA